AUGAUAAAUACCAAUUCAAAGUCAACUACAAAAAGGCCCUUUUCAGGGCCAGCCCUGACGAUAACCUCGAUAAAUAUCGAGGGUUUGACUAGUGACAAAGAAAUACUUCUAGAAAACAUAUGUAAAGAAACACUAUGUGAUAUUAUAUGUAUCCAGGAAACACAUAGAGGCAAAGACCGGAAUAAACCAAAAAUCCGAGGGAUGAAAUUGGUAGCUGAAAUACCACAUGACAAACAUGGUAGUGCUAUUUUCACUAAACCUUUGUUGGAAAUAAAGUCAUCAGAUGUAAUAAAUGUUGAAGGAAUAGAAAUUUUAACGAUAGAACUAACUAAGUGCACAGUUACAUCAGUAUACAAACCACCAAAUAUUCCAUUUACUUUCCAUAAGCCUGACAAUUUUAACAAUUCAAGAAUAAAAAUAAUUAUUGGCGAUUUCAAUAGCCAUCACACAGAAUGGGGAUAUGAAAAUACAAAUGAUGAUGGAGAACGAGUUGAACAAUGGGCAGAUGGAAACCAAUUAUCGAUCAUACAUGACUCCAAGCUGCCUCCAUCCUUAGAUCACAAACCUUGCACCAUCCACGGAAAACUACGAGGCUUUUGUGAAUAUAGUUAA